GGAAGCAAAAGUUAGUUACAAAUGUUUAAGUUGUGUUUAAUAAUAACGUUUCUAAAUUAUUUUCCUAUAAAUUAUGCAAGUUCAAUAGAAAGUGAUGUAGAUUACUUGCCGCAUUAUGUUUCCGAUUUAGCUAUGAGCUCCGAUCUAGAGCAACAAUUGAAAAAAAAGCUUGAUCAAAAAAAGAAAAGGGAAGAGAGACUUCACAAAUUAAACGCACAUAUAGCUAAAGACACUGAAUAUUUUGAGGAAAUACCUCAUUUUGCAGUAAACAGUUUGAAGCGUUUAAGGGGCAAGCAAUCAAGAAUUGAAAAUGCUUUCAAAAAAAUUGUAGGGAUGAUUGGAGUCAAGUAUACGUACAAAAGGGAUUCUGACUGGAGGACAUGGAGAGAAGUAACUUAUCCAAAAAAGAAAAAGGAAGUAAUAUGUUACAGGUGUCAAAAUAUCGUAAAACCUGAAAGUAAUUGUAGCAACUGUCACGUAGGCGGAUAUUGGGUAAUUGAGGAUAAGCAGCCACGAUGUUCCUACGAAAUACUUUACUUUAAAAAUAACAAGGAGUUGUGUGUGGCACAUUUUUGGCAGUUAAAUAAAGCGAGAUCAAACUCCUGCCCAGCCGCGAUUCCCUUAAAUGAAAUAUCUAGUUGUGGAGUUCCAAUGAUUACAAAAUAUGUAGUCAAUGCGGAUUACUCGAAAAACGUUUCUGAACGCACUUUACCCGCCAUUUGUCAAACGCGGGAAAGGUGUGAAUUUUCAACUGUUUAUUCUGUAAACCCAGAAAGCAUAGUAUUCAGAAUUGUGAAUACAACAAACAACAUAAUUUAUUCUAGAAUCAUGAAAAGGAACAAGAAAAAAUACGUGUGCGUCGAUAACUGCGGCAUAUUUAAUUUUGACACUCUGAGUGCUACAAGAAAGGAGGACCAUUUAGUUUUAAACCUUUUAAAUUCGAAUAAAAAGAAACGUGACAACCCUAGGCCUAAAAAAAACAAAUAUGCGCGCCAAAACUUGAAAUCAAAUGACGGUGCGUUCAAUAAAAAUGAUUUAUUAGUAUACAAUAACUAUAACUAUGAACAACCAUUAGAUAGAGGUCAGAGUACCACACCCAAUCCACCGAUGUGCAAGCAAAUACUUUUAAAAGAACUUUACCGUGAUUUGAACGACGAAAAUUUUACAUAA